UCUGUAUCUUCUCACCUUGCAGGUCCUGAAUGUUCCAGAAACUUCACGGCUCCCAGUGGAGUCAUCAAGACACCGGGCUUCCCUGAGAAGUAUCCCAACAACCUGGAAUGUACCUUUAUGAUCUUUGCCCCCAAGAUGACAGAGAUCGUGGUGGAGUUUGAUAGCUUCGACAUGGAGCCUGACACCACGCCGCCACCGGGCGCCCUCUGCCGAUACGACUGGCUGGAGAUCUGGGACGGCUUCCCUGCAGUGGGCCCUCACAUUGGCAGAUACUGUGGCCAGACGUCCCCGGGCCGAGUGAUCUCCUACACGGGCAUCCUGUCCAUGACCAUCACCACUGACAACGCCAUCGCCAGAGAGGGAUUCUCUGCCAACUACACUAUCCGCGAGAGGACCCUCCCCUCAGGACACGAAGACGAGGAUUUUGCUUGUAUGGAGCCACUGGGCAUGGAGUCUGGAGAAAUUUCCUCUGACCAGAUCACCGCUUCCUCCCAGUAUAACUCCAACUGGUCCCCUGAACGUUCCCGCCUCAACUACCAGGAAAAUGGCUGGACACCCUCAGAUGACAACACGCGGGAGUGGAUACAGGUGGACUUGGGGUUCCUACGAUUCGUCAAAGCCAUCGGGACGCAGGGUGCCAUCUCAAAAGAAACCAAGAAGCACUACUACGUUCGCACAUACAAAGUGGACCUGAGCUCCAACGGAGAGGACUGGGUCGCCGUGAAGGACGGCUCAAAGCAGAAGACCUUUCUGGGGAACGACAACCCCACAGAUGAAGUUCGCAGCCAUCUUCCCAAACCCACUCUGGCUCGCUACAUUCGUAUCCGCCCUAUGUCCUGGGAGCAAGGCAUCUGUAUGCGCUUCGAGAUCUACGGCUGCAGAACAUCAGGUACACAAACUCAUACAUACUGAUGUGGGACCUCACUCCCAGCUUCCUGAUGUAUAGAUUUAUGUUCCAGAGCUACUCCGCCGCAUACCGUUAGUGCUGA